AUGAGUUCUACCGGCUGGGAGCUGACAUCAGAUGAAUUCAGGCUGGACAUAAAGCACAGGAUCCGUCCCCAGCUGUCAAAGGAGAAGAUUGAGGGAUGCCACAUCUGCACUUCAGUGACGCCUGGGGAGCCCCAGGUGCUGCUGGGAAAGGACAAGGCGUUCACCUAUGACUUUGUGUUCGACCUGGACACGUGGCAGGAGCGGAUCUACACCACCUGCGUCAGCAAACUCAUCGAGGGCUGCUUCGAAGGCUACAAUGCCACUGUGCUGGCGUAUGGCCAGACCGGCGCUGGGAAGACGUACACCAUGGGCACCGGCUUUGACACAAACAUCUCGGAGGAGGAGCACGGGAUCAUCCCGCGGGCCAUCUCCCAUCUCUUCAGCGGCAUCGAGCGGCGCAAGCGGGCAGCGCAGGAGCGUGGCACAGCCGUGCCAGAGUUCAAAGUCAGCGCCCAGUUCCUGGAGCUCUACAACGAGGAGAUCCUGGACCUGUUCGACAGUGCCCGGGACCCUGACUCCCGCCACCGCAAGUCCAACAUCAAAAUCCAUGAGGAUGCCAGCGGCAGCAUCUACACCACGGGUGUCACCUCCCGCCUCAUCAGCUCCCAGGAUGAGCUGAUCCAGUGCCUGAAGCAGGGAGCUCUGUCCCGCACAACCGCCAGCACCCAGAUGAAUGUCCAGAGCUCCCGCUCCCACGCCAUCUUCACCAUCCACCUGUGCCAAAUGCGAGUCUGUGCCCAGCCCGACCUGGUGAGACUGCGCGAGAGGGACAGGGGAGCGCCCUUCGCCCCACAGCACGGCAGGCGUGACGAGUACGAGACCCUCACCGCCAAGUUCCACUUCGUCGACCUGGCUGGCUCGGAGAGGCUGAAGCGGACGGGAGCUACGGGCGAGAGAGCCAAGGAGGGCAUCUCCAUCAACUGCGGCCUGCUGGCGUUGGGAAACGUCAUAAGCGCCCUUGGAGACCAGAGCAAGAAAGCGGUGCACGUACCCUACCGAGACUCCAAACUGACCCGGCUCCUCCAGGACUCGCUUGGGGGGAACAGCCAAACCAUCAUGAUCGCCUGCAUCAGCCCCUCUGACCGGGACUUCAUGGAGACCUUAAACACGCUCAAGUACGCCAACCGGGCUCGCAACAUCAAGAACAAGGUGGUGGUGAACCAGGACAAAACCAGCCAGCAGAUCAGCGCCCUGCGGGCCGAGAUCGCCCGCCUCCAGAUGGAGCUCAUGGAGUACAAGGCGGGCAAACGUGUGAUCGGGGAGGACGGCGCCGAGGGCUACAGUGACUUGUUCCAGGAGAACGCCAUGCUCCAGAAGGAGAAUGCCACCUUGCGCAUGAGGGUGAAGGCCAUGCAGGAGGCCAUUGAUGCCAUCAACAGCCGGGUCACCCACCUGAUGAGCCAGGAGGCCAAUUUGAUACUGGCCAAGGCAGGUGAUGGCAACGAGGCCAUCGGCGCCCUGAUCCAGAACUACAUCCGGGAGAUCGAGGAGCUCAGGACAAAGCUCUUGGAGAGCGAAGCCAUGAACGAGUCGCUCCGCCGGAGUCUGUCGCGGGUCUCCUCCAGGCCCCCGUACUCCCUGGGCUCGUCUCCAGGCCCAGGCCUGGGGGCGCUCAGCAGCCCCGUGGUCUCCAUGGAGGCAGAGGCCACCGAAGUCCUCCGGCGGGCCAAGCAGGACCUGGAGCGGCUGAAGAAGGAGACCAGGCAGCGGAGGAAGAGCCCGGAGAAGGAGGCCUUUAAGAAGAGGCCAAAGCUGCAGCAGGAGAACGGGGAGGAGACGGACGAGAACGAGGAGAUGGGAGCGGAGUUCUGUGGGAACACGGGAAACGAUCGCUCUAUCAUCGUGGGCGACUCUGCCAUGUGGUUUGACACGAAGAAGUUCCCAAAGAAGGGGAUGAGCCAGACCUUCAGCAAGGCGGCCCGGCUCAAGUGGCAGUCGCUGGAGCGGCGCAUCUUUGACGUCGUCAUGCAGAGGAUGACCAUCGUCAACCUGGAGGCAGACAUGGAGCGGCUGAUCAAGAAACGCGAGGAGCUGGCGCUGCUGCAGGAGGCACUGCAGGGGAAGAGGGGAAAGCUGCAGGCGGAGAGCCCAGAGGAGCAGAAGGGCCUGCAGGAGCUGAACGAGGAGAUCGAGGUGCUGACAGCCAACAUCGACUACAUCAACGACAGUAUCGCCGACUGCCAGGCCACCAUCAUGCAGCUGGAGGAGACCAAGGAGGAGCUGGACUCCACCGACACCUCCGUGGUCAUCAGCUCCUGCUCCUUGGCCGAGGCACGCCUCCUGCUGGACAACUUCCUCAAGGCUUCCAUCGAUAAGGGGCUGCAGGUGGCUCAGAAAGAAGCCCAGAUUCGCCUGCUGGAAGGGCGCCUGAGACAAACGGAUGUGACCGGCUCCUCCCAGAACCAUGUGAUCCUGGAUGCCCUGCGGGAGAAAGCGGAGUCCCACCCCGAGCUGCAGGCGCUCAUCCACAACGUGCAGCAAGAGAACGGCUACGCCAGCACGGACGAGGAGAUCUCGGAGUUCAGCCUGGCCUCGGAGGGGAGCCCUGGCAAGCGUGGGAAGACGUACACCAUGGGCACCGGCUUUGACACAAACAUCUCGGAGGAGGAGCACGGGAUCAUCCCGCGGGCCAUCUCCCAUCUCUUCAGCGGCAUCGAGCGGCGCAAGCGGGCAGCGCAGGAGCGUGGCACAGCCGUGCCAGAGUUCAAAGUCAGCGCCCAGUUCCUGGAGCUCUACAACGAGGAGAUCCUGGACCUGUUCGACAGUGCCCGGGACCCUGACUCCCGCCACCGCAAGUCCAACAUCAAAAUCCAUGAGGAUGCCAGCGGCAGCAUCUACACCACGGGUGUCACCUCCCGCCUCAUCAGCUCCCAGGAUGAGCUGAUCCAGUGCCUGAAGCAGGGAGCUCUGUCCCGCACAACCGCCAGCACCCAGAUGAAUGUCCAGAGCUCCCGCUCCCACGCCAUCUUCACCAUCCACCUGUGCCAAAUGCGAGUCUGUGCCCAGCCCGACCUGGUGAGACUGCGCGAGAGGGACAGGGGAGCGCCCUUCGCCCCACAGCACGGCAGGCGUGACGAGUACGAGACCCUCACCGCCAAGUUCCACUUCGUCGACCUGGCUGGCUCGGAGAGGCUGAAGCGGACGGGAGCUACGGGCGAGAGAGCCAAGGAGGGCAUCUCCAUCAACUGCGGCCUGCUGGCGUUGGGAAACGUCAUAAGCGCCCUUGGAGACCAGAGCAAGAAAGCGGUGCACGUACCCUACCGAGACUCCAAACUGACCCGGCUCCUCCAGGACUCGCUUGGGGGGAACAGCCAAACCAUCAUGAUCGCCUGCAUCAGCCCCUCUGACCGGGACUUCAUGGAGACCUUAAACACGCUCAAGUACGCCAACCGGGCUCGCAACAUCAAGAACAAGGUGGUGGUGAACCAGGACAAAACCAGCCAGCAGAUCAGCGCCCUGCGGGCCGAGAUCGCCCGCCUCCAGAUGGAGCUCAUGGAGUACAAGGCGGGCAAACGUGUGAUCGGGGAGGACGGCGCCGAGGGCUACAGUGACUUGUUCCAGGAGAACGCCAUGCUCCAGAAGGAGAAUGCCACCUUGCGCAUGAGGGUGAAGGCCAUGCAGGAGGCCAUUGAUGCCAUCAACAGCCGGGUCACCCACCUGAUGAGCCAGGAGGCCAAUUUGAUACUGGCCAAGGCAGGUGAUGGCAACGAGGCCAUCGGCGCCCUGAUCCAGAACUACAUCCGGGAGAUCGAGGAGCUCAGGACAAAGCUCUUGGAGAGCGAAGCCAUGAACGAGUCGCUCCGCCGGAGUCUGUCGCGGGUCUCCUCCAGGCCCCCGUACUCCCUGGGCUCGUCUCCAGGCCCAGGCCUGGGGGCGCUCAGCAGCCCCGUGGUCUCCAUGGAGGCAGAGGCCACCGAAGUCCUCCGGCGGGCCAAGCAGGACCUGGAGCGGCUGAAGAAGGAGACCAGGCAGCGGAGGAAGAGCCCGGAGAAGGAGGCCUUUAAGAAGAGGCCAAAGCUGCAGCAGGAGAACGGGGAGGAGACGGACGAGAACGAGGAGGAGGAGGAGGAGCGGGAGGAGAGUGGCUGUGAGGAUGAGGACGAGGAUUCGGGCAGCGAGGAGAGCCUGGUGGACUCGGACUCCGAUGUGGAGGAGAAGGUGGUGAAUUUCCAGGCUGAUCUGGCCGACCUGACCUGCGAGAUCGAGAUCAAGCAGAAGCUGAUUGACGAGCUGGAGAACAGCCAGCGGCGCUUGCAGACCCUCAAGCACCAGUACGAGGAGAAGCUAAUCCUGCUGCAGAACAAGAUCCGCGACACCCAGCUGGAGAGGGACCGGGUGCUGCAGAACCUCAGCACCAUGGAAUGCUACACGGAGGAGAAGGCCAACAAGAUCAAGGCGGACUACGAGAAGCGGCUGAAGGAGAUGAAUCGGGACCUGCAGAAGCUGCAGGCAGCCCAGAAGGAACACGCUCGCCUGCUCAAGAACCAGUCGCGCUAUGAGCGGGAGCUCAAGAAGCUGCAGGCUGAGGUGGCAGAGAUGAAGAAGGCGAAGGUGGCACUGAUGAAGCAGAUGCGGGAGGAGCAGCAGCGGAGGCGGCUGGUGGAGACCAAGCGGAAUCGGGAGAUCGCCCAGCUGAAGAAGGAGCAGCGCAGGCAGGAGUUUCAGAUCCGGGCUCUGGAGUCUCAGAAGCGGCAGCAGGAAAUCGUGCUGCGAAGGAAAACCCAGGAGGUCUCUGCUCUGCGCCGCCUGGCCAAGCCCAUGUCGGACCGGGUCUCUGGGAGGCUGAGUCAGAAGCCCGCCAUGCUGGACUCGGGUGCGGAGGUGUCCGCCAGCACCACCUCCUCGGAACCGGAGUCCGGCUCUCGCUCGGUCUCCAACCAGUGCUUCCGAAUCCCGCCUGCCCGGUGGAAGCCCCCUGACCAUGUCCCAUCCCACUGCAGGAAGAAGUUCCCAAAGAAGGGGAUGAGCCAGACCUUCAGCAAGGCGGCCCGGCUCAAGUGGCAGUCGCUGGAGCGGCGCAUCUUUGACGUCGUCAUGCAGAGGAUGACCAUCGUCAACCUGGAGGCAGACAUGGAGCGGCUGAUCAAGAAACGCGAGGAGCUGGCGCUGCUGCAGGAGGCACUGCAGGGGAAGAGGGGAAAGCUGCAGGCGGAGAGCCCAGAGGAGCAGAAGGGCCUGCAGGAGCUGAACGAGGAGAUCGAGGUGCUGACAGCCAACAUCGACUACAUCAACGACAGUAUCGCCGACUGCCAGGCCACCAUCAUGCAGCUGGAGGAGACCAAGGAGGAGCUGGACUCCACCGACACCUCCGUGGUCAUCAGCUCCUGCUCCUUGGCCGAGGCACGCCUCCUGCUGGACAACUUCCUCAAGGCUUCCAUCGAUAAGGGGCUGCAGGUGGCUCAGAAAGAAGCCCAGAUUCGCCUGCUGGAAGGGCGCCUGAGACAAACGGAUGUGACCGGCUCCUCCCAGAACCAUGUGAUCCUGGAUGCCCUGCGGGAGAAAGCGGAGUCCCACCCCGAGCUGCAGGCGCUCAUCCACAACGUGCAGCAAGAGAACGGCUACGCCAGCACGGACGAGGAGAUCUCGGAGUUCAGCCUGGCCUCGGAGGGGAGCUUCUCCCAGUCUUUCACCAUGAAGGGCUCGGCCAGCCAGGACGACUUCAAGUUCAAGGGGGAACCCAAGCUGUCAGGCCAGAUGAAGGCUGUGUCGGCCGAGUGCCUGGGACCCACGCUGGACAUCUCCACCAAGAACAUCACCAAGUCCUUGGUGUCCCUCAUGGAGAUCAAGGAAGACGGGAUCGGCUUUUCCAUCCGGGAUUCCUACUACAAGGAUAAGGUCUCCCGCACCAUCAGCCUGCCCACCCGCGGCAGCACCUUGCAGUCCCGUGGCUCGGACACCUCGCCUCUGACCCGCAGGAAAUCCUAUGACCGGGGGCAGCCUGCCAGGACUUCGGACGUUGGCUUCACGCCUCCCUCAUCCCCUCCCACCAGGCCACGCAAUGACCGCAACGUCUUCUCCCGCCUCACCAGCAACCAGAGCCAGGGCUCCGCGCUGGACAAGUCUGAUGACAGCGAUUCCUCUGUCUCGGAGGUGCUGAGGUACGCCCUUGCUCUCUCUCUCUCCCACGGAAGGGGCCUCAUUAACCCCGUGGGCGGAGCCAGGAGCACCCGGACGGCCCCGCUGCAGUGCAUCUCCGUGGCGGAAGGACACUCCAAGCCCGUUCUCUGUGUGGACGCCACCGACGAGCUGCUCUUUUCCGGAUCCAAAGACCGGAGCUGCAAAAUGUGGAACCUGGUGACGGGCCAGGAAAUCGCCUCGCUAAAGGGCCACCCCAAUAAUGUGGUGUCCAUCAAGUACUGCAGCCACUCAGGGUUGGUCUUCACUGUCUCCACCUCCUACAUCAAGGUGUGGGAUAUCCGGGACUCGGCCAAGUGCGUCCGCACCCUCACCUCUUCAGGUCAGGUGAUCUCUGGGGACGCCUGUGCCGGGACCACCACCCGCACCAUCGCUAGCGUGCAGGGCGAGCACCAGAUCAACCAGAUCGCACUCAACCCCGCCGGCACCAUGCUCUACGCUGCCGCCGGGAACUCUGUCCGCAUCUGGGAGCUCAACAGGUUGCAGCCUAUCGGGAAGCUGACCGGCCACAUCGGGCCUGUGAUGUGUCUCACUGUGAACCAGACCGUGAGCAACCCUGACCUGGUCGUCACCGGCUCCAAGGAUCACUACGUCAAGAUGUUUGAGAUUGCGGACAGCGUGGUGGGGAACGUCGGCCCCACCCAUAACUUCGAGCCCCCACACUACGAUGGCAUCGAGUGUCUGGCCAUCCAGGGCGACGUGCUCUUCAGCGGCUCCAGGGACAACGGGAUCAAGAAGUGGGACCUGGAGCAGCAGGAGCUCCUCCAGCAAAUCCCCAACGCGCACAAGGACUGGGUCUGCGCCCUGGCCUUCGUCCCCGGCCGCCCCAUGCUGCUGAGCGCCUGCCGCGGGGGCGUGGUGAAGGUCUGGAACGUGGAGAACUUCACACCUGUUGGGGAGAUCAAGGGCCACGACAGCCCCAUCAAUGCCAUCUGCACCAAUUCCAAGCACAUAUUCACUGCUUCCAGCGACCUGACAGUGAAGCUCUGGAGCAGGAGAAGAUUGCUGAACGGCCCAACCUAG